CAGCCCUUUACAGCCAGCCCAGCAGGGGACGUCGAGGUGGAGUCCAUAGUCGACUGCGCUGACGUCAUUUUACGCACGAUGCCCGGCAUGCCGGAUUGACCUUUUACUUGUUGGCGUGCGCCAGCAAUGUGAUCGUUCACUUGCCCCUUGUUCUACUAACAGGUGUCGGUCCUCUUUCUUUCAUUUACCACCACUUCCUAUAUUCUGUCCCUUUCCUUCUGCCCGCUACUUUUUAUAGAUCUCUUUUCCAACGAACUGAAAAUAUUAGACGGACUCCUCAGCCCAAGCCCCCCUAGAUGUUCCUUCUCCAUGCAUUACCUCUGUACAUCAUCCUCCUCAUCGCCUGCCAUGACACCUCAGCAACAUUGUUAUCUCGUGUCCACGAUAUUGCAAGUCUCCAUACCAAGAAUAUAGCGCGCGACCUGCGUUUGGCGUUUCGUGCAGUGCUGGUCUCUCAACAAACUCAAGUCGUGCCCCAGAUGCGAUUUUCUUAUUGUCAAAUUGAAUCAUCUGGCUCGAGCGAUAGUGGUGCAAGUAGCAGUAAAUCGACAACCAGCACUAAAACAGCGUCCGCCGCGAGUGCUUCAGCCACAGCGUCGUCUUAUUCCUCGCCGUAUAACUUGGCAGAAUAUCAUAAUGGGACAGAUUUUUUUACUGGCUGGACCUUCUGGACAACUUCGGACCCAACUAAUGGUCUUGUCGAUUAUGUUAAUGAGACCACUGGAAGGUCGAAUAAUUUGGUGGAAGUGAAUUCCGAUGGCCAUACUAUCAUGCGUGUCGAGACGACAGGAAUGGUAUCCGAAAACCGUCAAAGCAUUCGCAUAACCACGGAAAGCACAUAUAAUGGUGUGCUUGUAAUUAUGGACUCCGUGCAUAUGCCGACGGGCUGUGGAACGUGGCCUGCGUGGUGGUCUAAUGGACCUAACUGGCCCGAUGGGGGAGAAAUAGAUAUUGUAGAAGGCAUUAAUAACUACACGGAUAAUCAAGCAACGCUCCAUACUGAAUCUGGAUGCUCGUUACCGUCGACAAGUGCCGAUGUGCUUAAUGUGACUGGUACCGUGGUUGACGGUACCAACUGCGCAGCAGACGAGACCAGUAAUGAGGGCUGCGGAUUCCGUUCCGCCUCUAACGUCUCCUUUGGCGCUGCUUUCAAUGACAACGGUGGCGGGGUAUAUGCCAUGAAAUGGGAUGACGAUGGCAUUAAGGUGUAUUUUUGGACUCAGGACUCGGUUCCGUCCGAUAUUGACGCUGGAACUCCUGUCCCUGACAGAUGGGGAACGCCGAUGGCUAACUGGCCUUCAUCAACAUGUAAUUCGACUAAAUAUUUCUACAAUCAUUCGUUCAUCUUCGACACGACACUGUGUGGUGACUGGGCGGGUAAUGCAUGGAACAGCUCUGGGACACCAGGUCAAGAUCAAAGUUGCGCUACACGGACGGGAUAUUCGAACUGCGAGGAUUUCGUCCGGGCUAGUGGAGCGUCGUUUGACGAAGCGUACUGGGAAAUCAAAAGUGUCAAGUUUUACGAGCUUGAUUGACGACAUGCCAUGAAAAGACUUUUUUUUACUAAUUUCGGUGGUAGGUAUGAUAGUACAUGUAUAUGUAUGUAUUCAGAGCAGUACUGGAUUACAGCGAUGGAUAAAAUGUAUUAUUUGGAAAACUGGAAGGUCCAGCAGGAAUCGUAGUUACCUUAUCAUAAGCAUCACGAUCGC